AUGGACAAACGAUCCGGAGAAAGUCCUAUGGACUUCGAAUGGCAAACCAGGGCUCCUGGCGAUGUCACUUCCCCAUUCUAUCAGCUCAGCAUGCAACAUGAGAACCAGAAGAAGCGCCCGCAUAGCACCUUUGACUCCCCCGAGAAGAAAUCCAUGCCUGCCCUCCGCGAACCUAACUCCCAGCCCUUCCUCUUCUCUCAGCCUCCCGGAACUCCCAAAUCGGCCUUCAACCAACCCGCCUUCAUGACACCCCGCAAAUUCGACCUCGACUUCUCUUCCGGCGCGGAGAACAUGUCCUCCCCUGAAAAUGCAGAUAACGAAGAUACUCCCGAGCCGACUCCCGCGAAGAAUGGUGCACACCGAAAUUCCUUGUUUAGUAUGUAUGGACGGUUUGCGCCGGCGCCUGCGCCUAGUCCUGGUCGCGGUGAGAUUCCGCGUGUUGGCCACUAUUCGAAUGCGCUGGCAAGACGGGUGCAGAAGAGACGAAGGAGGGAUAAGGCGCUGGAUAUGCGGUUACGACGGGAUAGUGAUGAUGAGGAUGAUGAUCGGCCGACGAGUAGUGAGAGUAAUACGCAGAAGCAGUUACAGGGGCAGGGACAAUCGAAUCAGCAAGAGAUUUCUGUGUCGCGAAUGACGUCGUUUUCCGACUUUUUUGCCCUUCUCGAGGCGCAUCCUUACGUUCCAAGCAUUCUGUCGUGGUGGGCACAAUUGGUGGUGAAUCUGUCGUUAUUUUCGUUGGCUGUUUACGUGGUUUUUGGAUUUGUGUCGGCCAUUCGGGCUGAAUUCGAGCAGGCAGCUGAGGAGGUGUCGGAUGGGAUAUUAGCGGAGAUGGCUACAUGUGCGAAGAGUUACGUGGACAACAGAUGCGCGGGAAAUGAUCGACUACCGGCACUGGAAACGGUGUGCGAGAACUGGGAGCGUUGUAUGAACCGCGAUCCGGCGAAGGUUGGACGAGCAAAAGUGUCGGCACAUACGAUGGCGGUUAUCAUUAACAGCUUCAUCGAUCCUAUCAGCUGGAAGGCAAUUCUCUUUUUCCUCGCUACGAUAUCAACUGUCACCGUCGUGAGCAAUUGGUCUUUCCGCUCCUUCAGAAACCGUCUCAACCAGCACGAAUACCCACAUCCUCACCCUUCCUCGUUCUCCCGCCAGAACUCGGCCCAAUAUGCUCCCAUUGCCUCGUCACAAGGACAGUACCAGAACGGCCACCAUUACAGCUAUCUUGAUCAUCAGGAGCAGAAGCUCGCACCUGCCCCGAACUUGGACGAAAAGCAGAAUGGUUCAAUGCUACUGGAACACCCCAGGAUGAACUAUGUGACGGGGCGGAAUCGCGAUCGGGAGAUUCAACUGCGGUCUCCCAGUCCUGUCAAACGGCGCAAUUUGCUUUAA